AUGCGAGCAUCAUUCGCGCUGUUGAAGCGCUCUGCUUGGAAAGGACCGAACGUGGUGCCCUUCCCGAAUCUCAAACCUGCCGUCGCCGGCAAGACUCCCCCCGUUAUCAAAACCCAAGCUCGAGCAGCCUCGAUAUUACCCGCUUUCGUCGGAUUGCGGUUCGCCGUCCACAAUGGCAAGAACUAUCAGGAAGUCUACAUCACGGAGGAGAUGGUAGGAAGAAAACUGGGAGAGUUUGUCCCGACGAGAAAACGUUUCACAUACAAGAUGUCCAAGAACAAGUAG